AUGGGCCCUUCGUGUGUCUUGUUGCUGUCACUCACCCUUCCAACAGUCCUGCAGGGCCAGGACCCAACCACCCCACCACAGGUGGCAAACUUCCAAAGUAAACAGUUCCAGGGGCAGUGGUUUGUCCUUGGUCUGGCAAGUAACACCUACAGGAGAGAAGACCGGGCUUUGCUGAAUACCUUCUCCACGACAUUUGGGCUCAACCAAAAGGGCCACUUUGAGGUCUCCAACACCAUGACCCGUGGCAAGCGCUGCAACACUUGGUCUUACGUGCUGAUCCCAGCGGCCCAGCCUGGGCACUUCACUGUGGACACCAAGGGCGAGGCUGACCCAGGCGGGAGGGCGGGGACCGGCACGUUCAGUGAAGACGUCCAGGUGGUCGAUGGCGACUACACGGUCUUUGCCCUUCUGCUGUCCGUCAGACGGAUGGGCAGCCAGACCACAAUCAGGAUCAGUCUGCUGGGCAGACACUGGAAUCUGCCCCUCUGGACGCUGGACAGAUUCACCUGCCUGGUCAAAGCUCAGGGUCUCACCAAGGACAACAUCGUCUUCCCAACUGCCAUCGGUAACGCGUUCACAGGCAGUGGACAGUGGGAAAUGGAGAGCAGGCAGGCUGGGCGGGGACUUCCAGAGGACCCCAGGCUGGUGUCCCCAGCCCCUACCCCAGAGCAGGCUGAGCAGGGCUCCCCUGCAUAG